UCAUAACAUCACACUAAUUUUAUUUCGCAACAGAAUCAUCGGAUCAGUGCACUGCAUUUGCCGCAGCUUAUUGUUCAUUUACAUUUUUAGUAAAUGUAAACGUUUUAGUACUCAAAUUAAAAUAAUGUACGUAAGGGCUGAGUGAGUGUUAGAAAAAUAGUAUACGCAAUCAUGAGUGUCAGCAUCGUGCAGUACUAUGGCGCGCAGACGAGCAAAUGUGGCUAUUGUGCGGGCACAAACUGCAGCAAAUCGCACGGUAUGCAUGCAUAUCGUUUAGCCUGCGAAGACUACCAAGACCUGAUCGAUCGCGGCUGGCGACGCUGCGGCAAUUAUUGUUAUAAACCGCAAAACGACAAAACCUGCUGCCCCUGCUACACGAUUAAGUGCGAUGCUCUGGAGUUCAAACUGACGAAGUCCAAUAAACGCAUUUUGCGGCGCAUGAAUAAAUUUCUGCGGGAUGGGAAGCGUGAGCCGAACGAAGAGCAUCAAACGCCGGGUCAACCUAAAAAUGGUGAUGGCGAUGACGUUGCUGUGUUGAGCAAUGUGAACGAGUCUCAACCCCAGAUACCUGAUAAGAAGCCUUCAAUAAUCAAUGUGGAGCAUGUUGAGAGCUUAGUACAAGCGCGUGUCGAACAAAUAAAUAGUGAGAACGACAUUCAAGUGGCAGGCGACCCAUCGGCGUCCUUGUUAGCAAGCAACAAAAUAAAAGGCCUUGCACCCAACUUGAAUCCUCCACGCAAGAAGGCGAAGCAAAUGCGCCUCGAGCGCAGGCAAGCCAAACUGGGUGUCCCGCAUGAACCGCCACAGCUACAACAACAGCCAAAAAUGCAGGAGAAGAGCUUGAAAGAUUUUCUAUCGGCUCCCAGGGAAACUGAUAAGCAUAAAUUAAAGAUCGCUUUGGUCGCUGCCUCAGAUACACAGCGCACUUGUACAGAUGCAGUAUUCGCAUUGUAUCGCAAAUAUCAAUUAGUCAUACACAAUGAUAAUCCUGCACGCCUAACAUUAGAUAGCAUGCGGCGGUUUUGGGUUAAAUCGCCCCUAAAGCACAAAAAAAUUGAAGGUUCACCGGACGUGGGCUUUGGUUCUUUUCAUCAGCAAUAUUGGCUGGAUGGCAAGUUGAUCGCUGUUGGGGUGAUUGAUAUAUUGCCAGGCUCCGUUAGUUCAGUUUACUUUUUUUACGAUCCUGACUAUAGCUUUUUAUCCUUAGGCACAUAUGGUUCUUUAAGGGAAAUCGACUUGGUGCAAACAAUUGCCGAGCGAGUACCAGCUUUAAAGUAUUACUAUAUGGGCUUUUACAUACACUCAUGUCCUAAGAUGCGUUACAAAGGCAAAUUGUCUGCCUCUUAUCUACUCUGCCCAGAGACUUACGUAUGGCUCCCCUUAACGGACGACAUGCGCAAAAAACUCGACGAGAAAAAGUAUCAUCGCUUAAAUCCGGAUGCCUCAGCAAAGGAUGUGAAUGAGUUUUUAAAUCAGCAUUUAAAUGAUGUAAUGCUGCUAGAUACCCCUCAGACCUGCGUCAGCUACCGUAACUUCAUACAACUAACUGGCAUUGAUGGCAACCGCGAUGCGAUUAUCGAGUACAGCAAACUCGUGGGUAGAGUAUGUGCACAGCGCAUGCUUUAUGUGAAUAUGUCUUGAAGGGCAUUUUGUUGACGAGCUACUAUUGUACAAGAAUUCAUUAAUCUUUGCGCCUAUAUUCAUUUAUCACGCAAUUAAGCUAAAUAUACCUUAACUAAGUAGUGCAAAAUUAUGUCAUUCAAAUGUUUUAGUGUGUUUUUUAAUGCUUCACAUGCUGCUGUAUCACUAAAAAAAAUUAAAA